AGAGGCUGGCAUUCCAGUGAAGGAAAGGGUGAAAGUAUCUCAGAACUGGAGGCACGGACGCUGCCAGAGGGAGACGGUCCUGAAAUGGAAAUGCAAUUUGAUGCCCUGGAUGGAGCUGGAUCGCGAGUAUCUCUACCUGUCUCAAGCAGAGAACAUCCAGGCCUACCGUCUCUGUCCAGAUGGUACAGGUUUGCAGCGUCACCCUCAAGCUAUCUUCUCCGGCCACCGGGAGGAUGUAUGUCGCUUUGUUCUCGUCAACUCCCACAUCGUCAGUGGAGGGGGAGAUGGAAAUAUUGUCCUUCACAAGAUCCACAGCUCCUACAGCUUCAAGUUCUCUGCGCAUGAACAGGAGGUGAACUGUGUGGACUUCCAAGGUGGCCUUAUUGUCAGCGGCUCCCGGGACAGAACAGCAAAGGUUUGGUCCCUGUCCGCGGGCAGAGUUGGGCAGUGUCUACAUACAGUGCAGACAGAGGAUCGAGUGUGGUCCAUUGCUAUCAGCCCAUUAUUAAGUUCAUUUGUGACGGGAACAGCCUGCUGUGGACACACCUCACCUCUGAGAAUCUGGGACCUUGAGAGUGGUCAGCUGUUGACCUGUUUAGGGACCGACUUCCACCGCGGAGCUGGAGUCCUUGAUGUCUUCUACGAAACGCCCUCCCUUCUCCUUUCGUGUGGGUACGACACCUACAUCCGCUACUGGGACAUCCGGACCAGCACCAGGAAGUGUGUCCAGGAGUGGGAAGAGCCCCACGACAGCGCCCUGUACUGCAUAAGGAGUGAUAAGAACCACAUGAUUGCCAGUGGCUCUUCUUACUAUGGCGUGGUGCGCCUCUGGGAUAAGCGGCAGACUCGGUGCCUGCAGAGCUUCCACCUGUCUUCACCAACCAGCAGCCCAGUGUACUGCCUCCGUUUCAGUACCACCCAUCUGUACGCCGCCCUGGCAUCAGCCCUGCACGUCCUAGACUUCACAGCCCCGUGAAGGGCACUACAGCUGCUUCUGGUCACCCCAACUCAGCAGAGUUGACACUUGGCUCAGGGAAUCGCAGGGCAGGAGAGGUGAGAAUCACCCCAAGGCUUCUGAAGGGAUUUUUUUUUUGCCUACCAGAAAGCCACAACAAAGAGUGCACAAAGGGCCAGACUUUCUCAAUCUCACCUGCCUAUUAGUGGAAAUAAAGGCCGAUUUGUCCUUUAUCCCUUUUUAUUUUGUGCAAGUCAGGGUUUGUUUCAUAAACUGUGUUCUUUUUUCUUUUUUUUUUUUUUCUAUUUUU